AUGAUGAUGAUGAAGAUGUCAACAUUCGCAAAGAAGAAUCUUGCCCGAAGUCGUGCCAGCGCAACUACCCUUGGUUGUCUGUGUCUCCUCGUGGUCUGCAGCUUGGCGGCUGCCACCACUCCCGAGUUUGAGACACAACAGAUGAUCAACGGUAAUAACGCAUUGCACGCUUCCGCAUCCUCUGACGCAAACACCUUGGCGGGUGUAAGCGGUAGAGCAAGCACUGGUAGCAAAACUGCGGAGGAAGGACAGAGUCUAUGGAGCCAACAACCCCCAAAAGUGGCCCUUUUGGAAACCCGCUCCGAGACGUCUGAGUCUUCUCAAGCUUUUGCUGCGCCUGCGCCUGCAUCUACUGCUGCCAGCGUCAGUGACAAGAUCAACAAUAGCAACAACAACAACUCCCACAACAAUGUUAUCGCCGAUACUGAUAACAACAACAACCCUACUACUACUACUACUACUAACAACAACAACAACAAUUUGAAUCUUGAGCAGCAUGCCAGCAACAACAACUGUCUUCCAUCGAUGGCAUCGAUGUGUCGACCUCUCCUGGCGGCUCAAGAAAUGGAUGCCGGACAAGUUUGUGUCUCGGUACAAGACGGACAUGUGAAUGUCCAUGUCAAGGCAUCUGAUUUCUGGACCAUCUUGGAGGCUUCGGUUUGGAUGGCAAAGGCCGCCACUACUACUGUUCCCCUCCAAGAUGGACGUUUGGAUCACCGCUCCUUUCCCAUUCACAGUCAGCCCAACUUGCGUUCUGCCAGUUGGGAAACCACCAUUACUACUGCUACCAAUCAUUUUUGUACCUCAUCCUUUUCCUCUGGCGAGGCAAAGCAAACGGAAACGAAAAUGGUGGUGCGGGUCAUGGCGGCCGAAGUGAACGAUCAAGGCGCCCUCAUCCCCGGAACCGAAGAAACCGCCUAUGCGUAUGGACAAGUGGCCAGUGCCAGUGACAAUUACGAGGAAGAUUCCAUCUACGGAUUUUUGGAAUUGAUCCUCACAUGUCCAUGCACUACUGCUACUACUCAAGAAGGAGAACAACAAGAAAUGGAGGAAGAUUUGAAUACCGAGACCCACGUGGCCCGUCGUCUCGAUGGAUCGUCUUCGUCCCUUGCCUUGUUCUCGUCUGUCGCGGACCAGAGACGCCUCGCUUACUCUGCGUCCGAAACGGCUUUUCAACGACGCAUUGACGCUCAGGGGCAGCGUCAUCGUGUCCUACAAACACAAGUCGAAGAAGAAUGCUUUUCUGCCUUUGCGUACUAUGAAGAACAGGGAAAGUCCAAGUGCCUCAACCGUCUCGACUACAAGUUGGCCGGGACCGAAGACGAAAGUGGUUGGACCAAUGGACCUUUCACGUCUUCCUUUAUCCCGUAUCAGAUGAAACUCUAUACGGACGCCCCCGGUUGUGAUACCACUACUGACGCCAAGGAAAUUGGUAUUGUCACUGUCCUCUUGGACGGACAAGAAGUCACGGUGGAUUACAACCUAGACCCCGCAUUGAAGUAUUCUUUGAAGGAGACACACCUCUACGUCGGAACCGACCAGGUGCCUCCUUCGCAAAAACAUUUACCAUCACACCACACCGAGUUGACCGAGUCGGGAGGAGAAGCGACGCUUCAAGAUUCGUUCGUCGUGAGCAAGUUCGACGCCGGAGACGAAGUACAUGUCGUUGCUCAUGCAACGAUCUGUCGCGCGCCCCCCAAGAUUUACGUGCCCGGUAUCUCAAAACCCUGUCUUCCAACAAGGAGCCAUUCAGGCAAGGAAUGUUACCCCUUGUUGGCAGGGCCUACUGUUGAUGCCGGUCAACUUUGUAUCGAAAUGGUCAAACAAGGUGGCCCCACAUCCUCAUCCUACGUUCUCAAGGUAGCCUUCUCGACAUUUGGCGAUUGGGUCUUGGACCACACCUCUUUUUGGUUGGGAUCCAAUCUCACUCAAGUCCCGACAGUUGAUGGUACUGUCGGAGCCCUACCUGAUGAAAACAAAUUUCCCUAUUUUUAUUGCAACUUUACUGGUGCCACAUCCUGGGAGACAACCAUCCCCCUGAAUUUGACGACCAACUGUUACGGACAGGAAGACUUCACCUUGGCCAUGGUGGCGCGCUCCGAAGUAGUACAGCAAGACUACGACGGAGCCGAGAUUGAAGGGUCCAAGGCAGUGGCUUUCGCGUUUGAGCAUCCUGGCCACGAAGAAGGCGAGUCUGUUCCCGAAGAUGCAUGGUUUGCAUGGUUGGAUUUUGAUGUUAACUGUGACUGUACCGAGAAACCGCCCGACGGCAAAGGGGGCAGGUCGCCAGUGUGUGUUGAAUCUGAAGACAACUCAGGAACUGAGUGUGUGCCUCUCGUGAUUGAUCAGACAGAAGAAGCUGGAUCAGUUUGCCUCAAGGUGAUUGGUAGCAAGAACCCUGUGCUCGAAUUGACCUACCACUCCUCGGAGUACUAUUCCUUGAUUCAGAAUCAUUUCUGGGUUGGCGUCUCGUCCCUCGAAGAACUCCCGGUGCAUGGAGAUGGUUCUCCAGAUGUUGAUCUGUUUCCCUACUACUGGUGUGAUUACGCAGGGGAUGAUACCUGGCAGACACCCAUUCCUGCAAUCAAUCUGACCCUCGCUUGUCAGGCUGACAGUGUCAUCCACUUUGUUGCAAUCGCCCACGCUGCUGUAGAAGAAGAGGUCUAUGUUGACGGGCAUCUUGUUCAAGGUACUAGGCACAAUGCCUUUGCUUAUGAACUCGAUGGAGAGAACAGCUCCACUUGGUUUGGUUGGUUCAACUUUACUGUGGAUUGCGACUGCCAGCUUGAACCAACGGCGGCUCCAAGUACAAGCAUGUCACCAAGUGCAUUGCCAAGCUUUUCCCCGACGGUGUCACCUCGUCCAUCUAUCAGCUCUGUUCCUACCACAAGCCCUGCACCUUCCACGUCAACAUCGCCAAGUUCAAAGCCCUCUGGAGAGUUGGAUGAAUGGUACCCAUGUUACCAUGUAUGGGCAUACCACCCCAAGGCAGCUCUAUCCUUUACUGACAUUGGUGUCAGCGCAGAUGGAUGGACUAAUGGCCACUUUGACUUGUAUGGAUGUGGUUCAUGUGGCUGUUCUCCGUGUUCAUCUGGUAGCCCUCUUUGUGAUGAAGUGGACAACCCUGUUCAGCCCCUUGAUCAGUGCACUUGCGUCUGUCCAGGAGAAGGAUUUGUGGAACCGACCAGUUUCAGCAGCCCAAUGGUGAAGGCAUCGGUUGGAGCUCCAAUUGUCAUGGGUUUGUAUGCUGAAAGCUCUCCAAAUGGUGAACCGUCAGGCAAAUCAUUUGGGAAUAUUACUAUCUCUUUCACAGAUAAUGUGGCUGAUAUUACUUACAACGUUGCAGACCCAGUGUGGUAUGUAAUCACUGACACAGAUUUCUACAUGGGUGAAGAAAGGCUACCAACCAAUCAAAGUGGAGUUGAUUUGUCGCUUGAUUUAGAUCUCUUCCAAAAGCAUUCAGAUUAUGAGGCUCAGCAAGUGAAGCAUGUCAAUGGCAUAUCCUCCUAUGACUUCUACGUGGUGGCUCAUGCAAGGAUCUGUGACCUGCAUCCUACCCCAAGCCCAAGCAUGGAACCAAGCAGCAGCGAGGCUCCAAGCUCAAGCCCUUCAUCAUCUCCUGUUGAAACAAAAAGCCCGACGGCAUUCCCGACAACCACACCCACUGAAAUGCCAACAGAGGGCCCCACGGAAUUACCCACAACCCAAGUUCCUACAUUGCUACCUACCGUCGCAAGUGGACACCCAAGCGGAGCACCCACCACGGAGUCACCAACUGAAUCCCCCACAACAGAGCCGACGGAGGCUCCCACCCCACCUACCACAGGGCAUCCAAGUUCCGUGCCAACCUCACUGGCUCCUACCACAUCGAGCCCUAGCUAUGAAUGUGUGCUGGAGGUUGGACUUGGGAAUGAUCACUACACAGUUGAUGCUCCCAAGACUGACAUGGCAUCAUCGUAUGCACCAAAUUUCUCUCAGUUCCUUGGUCUGCUUGGAUCUGGAAGCAACAACAUGGGUGUUUCCAUUACCAUCCCUCCAAGCACCGGAGAAGCCAUGAAUGCUGACUUGCUCAGCAUUGAGUUCAACCUGUACCAGAUUGACGAAUGGAAUCCUCAAGACAAAAUCUUUUUGCAGAUUGGUGACAUUGAGAUUGAUCUUGGUGAGAUGGACGCCACGAGUGUCAGUGAACCCCUUGACGGCUAUGAGGGUGGCAUCACUUGGCACCGUGACACUGUCACACAGACCAGUAUCAACCUUGGCUCCUUCUGGUCCAAGCCCAACUACCCUGGCUCCCAGUGGCAUUCCCACAACCAGCAGCCCCACAACCCCAGCACCAACCAUGUUGCCCAGAUGUGCACCAACAGCUGCACCAACAUCUAUUGA